AUGGAAACGUAUCACGGACAUGUCCGAACACCAGCGGACGCAAUCAUUCUUUUCGAAGCCUGUCGGCUCGGCCUCUUGCCGCGAGUUCAGAGAAGAUUAUCCGAAAAAGAACGGCAAUCAAUCAAGUCUGGAUCCGUGUUCGUUUGGGACGAACGGGAAGCUGGGAUGAGACGAUGGACGGAUGGAAAGUCAUGGAGCGCCAGCAGAGUAUCGGGGAGCUUCCUAACAUACAGAGAGAUGGAAGGAAAGAGGGGAGGAGGCCACGCCUCAUCCAGGGCCGGCAAGACACCGGAGAGUAAUAGAGGAAGUGACGAAGAUCAGGGAGAAGGUGGUGAAGAAGGUCCUGAUGGGUACCGGUACAAACCUGAUGGAUUGAUGAAGCAAUCGUUCAGCAUCACAACCUCCACAGGUCAACAUUUGCACCUCAUAAGCUACUAUGCUCGAUCGCAUCCCAAUGCCCCGGGCCUAAAUCAACCCUCAACUGAUCCACAACUGCGGCAGAUUCGACCCCAAAAGGGCCUUUAUCCAGAGUCAAGUGUAAAUGACCAACAAAAUUUACCAGUGGUGACGCGUGGGCCCAUGGGGGGUGCUGCCCUAGCCGUUCCCCCUCCGCUCGCAUACGGUCGUGCUCCUCCCCAUCACCCAUACGCGUCGUCGCCCUACGCUUGGUCACCUCCUUUACUAGGAACUCCACAUGUCUCCGUGAUACCAUACGUCCCGAACUAUCUGCCCCCUUUAGGUGCUAACGGGCAUCCGCCAUUCCCGUAUGGCCAUCAUCCGGCUUACCCAGCCCCUCCCCAUGGUUAUCCCUCUCCCUAUGACAGGUACAUCCAUCCGGCAGAACACGGCGGCAUUCCUACCCCGUUACAUACCAAUGGUGCUCCAAUGGCCGCCCAUGGAAUUCCAUACUACGCGCAAGGACAUGCAUCUAUCCUUCCGCAUCACGACAUGAUUAAUGCACAUCGAAACUCUCAUCCGGCCACACCCCCAGCUGAAACAGAUCCACGGUUUGGAGGUUCACGAGCUGAACAUUCCAAGAACCUGAGAAAUGGUUCUCAAUCAAGUCAACCUCCCCUGGAACCUGCAGGAUCGCCAGUCAAUGGAUCUCGGAAAACUUCAGAGCAAACCUCUGCGGCAAACAUUGUGCCCAGCAUCAAUGCCCUUGUUAACUCCGUACAGGCUCCUCUUCCACCUACUACAGCCGCCCCGUCAAAUUCUGACCAUCCAAAGACCAUUGGCCAACAUCAAAAUGAGUUCAGCACUCCUACAAAAGCUGCCAAUGGAGCUGUUGACGGGCCCAAGGACAUUCCGAGCGAUAAGAUCGGUUUUGGGGAAGAUAUGAGAGCUCUCAGACAAUUGGACCGGGUUUUCUCAGCCUAA